AUGGUACUGCAAUCUCCUACUGAUUUCAAAUUCAAAUGGUUUGUAUACUAUGCUCGAAUUUGGGUUCAAACAGUACUCCAGCAACUCCUCAACUGUAGGAUGCCUACUUCAAACAGCUUAGAAGAAGUUUGGCGUGCUAUUCCAAACCAAAAAGCUAGCUUGCAUGGUGCAGCUGUCUUUAGUUCUUUGCUGACCUUGCAGCACUUAAGCCACUCUCUAUCUCGUAUUGUUCACUCUCUAUCUUGUAUUGCUGAUCUGCUGCAUCUCUCUCUCUCUCUUUCAAUCUACUCGCUCGUAGGCUCCCUCAUCCCCGACCCGAACCUCGCCCUCGACCAUGACCAUGCCACCCCGGAACGCUCUGAUACCUGCUCCGUCCGUGAGCAAGACCGCUUCAUGCCCAUCGCUAAUGUCAUCCGCAUCAUGCGCAAGGUGCUCCCCACCCAUGCCAAGAUCUCCGAUGACGCGAAAGAGACAAUCCAGGAAUGUGUUUCCGAAUACAUCUCUUUCAUAACCAGCGAAGCCAAUGAUCGCUGCCAAAGAGAGCAGAGGAAGACCAUCACAGCUGAAGAUGUUUUAUGGGCCAUGAAUAAGCUGGGUUUUGAUGACUAUGUUGAACCUCUGAACCUGUAUCUGCAGAAGUACAGGGAGGUUGAAGGGGACCAUAGAGGGUCCAUAAGGGGUGAGCCUCUGCACACUACCAAGAAGGAUGUGUAUGGCGCCGGGGUCAUGCAUGCUGGACCUAGCGCCUAUCCUCCUGGUGCGGUUAUGUAUGGUGGUGGUUCUGGGUACUAUAAGGAUCAUAUUCCUGGUGGCAAUGGUUAUGAUCCUUAUGCGCCCUAUAAGUGA